AAUUUGGUGUUCCACUUGACUAGUCACAACCACAGGUUAUUUCUGAGUAGUAGCACCACAUUGAAAGCAAUUUGCAUUAAACUUUGUAAGAUUUUACUGUGUCUGCUAUUUGUAUUAAGUUAGUCAUUGGUUUUCAAAUCCGAUCUGAGGAUUUUUCAGGAGACAAAAAACUCCUUGGAUAACAAAGAUGAUUGUGUCUUUAUUGUCCAAAUAUGUCUGGUGGUGGUAGUGUCAGCAGAUUGGAAGGUUCAUUUACAUAUGUAAGCUGCAUAUAUGCAUCAAAAGAUUGCUCUCCUGCAUGUAUUUCUUCUGUUAAUUCACCUUGUAAAAUAAUCUUGUAGUAGGCCAAACAAGCAAUGAGCGCAAUAAAUGUGAAGAUUAAAUAAUAAUAAUAAUAAAAAAAGAAAAUCAUGAUCUCUUAAUUGCACAAAUUUUUUUGUAGCCGUGUUCCAUUCCGACAAGAAAGCUCCCUUUGUUGCACCGUGCAAGUUUUAUGCCGCCAGACGUGGGUGACUGCCGGUCAUGUUCAUAGUACUUAUUAGCUUCCUGUUCCGUAAAUUAUUCUUCUGUCUUUCCAAGUAGUAAUAAAAUAUGCAUUAUUUUCAAGCACCAAAUAGAAUAUUAAAUACUAUUUUCUUUAUAAUAUUAGUCUUCUUUUCUCACCCUAUAUAUACACCUACAUAUUAUUUCCCUCUCUAUAAUCUAUACAUAAAGGUUCCACGACGUCAAAAAACAGAGAAAAUGCUGCCAUAUCAAACCCUGGAUGAAGCAGCAUUGGUUCUGGAAAGAAACCUAACCUUGGCAGAGAAACUAUGGUACAAUUAUUCAGCUGAUAAAUCAGACUUCCUUCUUUACAGUCACAAUAUUUUCUUCUUGUGCUUGGUGUUCUCCUUGGCCCCUCUCCCCUACGCGUUCAUCGAGCUCAGUAAGUCUGAGGACAUGGCCAAGUUCAAGGUUCAAACAAAGAUCAACAGAUCAUUCUCCGACAUGUUUAAAUGUUACAAAGCUGUGAUGAAGAAGUUUAUCGUUGUGGUGGGCCCUCUUCAAAUCGUUUCCUUCCCUACCGUUAAGUGGGUUGGAAUCCAUACAAGCUUGCCAUUGCCAUCAUUCUGGGAGGUUUCGAGUCAAUUGGUAGUUUACUUUCUCAUAGAGGACUACACGAAUUACUGGCUUCACCGGCUGCUCCACAGUAAAUGGGGCUACGAAAAGAUUCACUACGUACACCAUGAAUACAGUGCCCCCAUCGGAUUCGCAGCUCCUUACGCCCAUUGGGCAGAAAUUCUGAUUCUGGGUAUUCCCACAUUUCUUGGUCCCCUCAUGAUUCCAUGCCACAUUAUCACUCUCUGCCUCUGGACCAUCUUGCGCCAUGUUGAAGCCAUUCAGACACACAGCGGGUAUGAGUUUCCUUGGAGUCCAACCAAAUUCAUACCAUUUUACGUAGGCGCAGAAUACCAUGAUUAUCACCACUAUGUUGGAGGGCAAAGUCAGAGCAAUUUUGCUUCAGUGUUUACCUAUUGCGAUCGUAUUUAUGGAACUGAUCGGGGUUACCAUCAUCACAAGCAAGCCCUUAACAAGUUGAAGGGCAUGUGAAGAAGACGAACAAAUUGGAAGAACUACGUGAAUUAUUACUAUUAUUUUUUCGUAUCAAUUGCCUGCACUAAUGUGAAAAAUCUGUAUCUUUGUUUUCUAAUUACAAAAUAAUAAAGUAUUCUUUUUUCUCUUUUGUGAUCAACUUGUUGUUCACGAAAGCUAACUUAAUUAAUUAAUUAAGACUCCUGAUUUAAAAUUGCGAAUAAAAUCUUCAUGUCUCAUUGUAUAUCUUCUGUUCCCUGCAAAUAACUCAAUAAAUUAGUAAAUUAUCCAUAUUGAUUAGUUAGGUUGCAUUCAGUCUUCUGUAUUAGUUCAAA